AUGGCUUCUGAACCACUGUAUUUGACGGGCAGCACAGCUGGCAUCAGACAAUAUGUUGACCAAUUUGAUACUGCACCGCUAAUCAAUUCCGUUUUCAUCCCGCAGUCCGAAGUCUUCUCGUCCUCCUACUCCUCCUCAAUCUACAUCUCCCGUAUUCUCUCCCUCCCACCGGAUAAACGCACCGUCUUCGUAAUCGGCGAAGCAGGCAUAGAAACCGAACUGCGCAAUGAAUCUCUCACCCUGAUCGGGGGCACCGACCCCCGCUACCAGCAAUCCAUUACACCAGCCGACUACGCCAACAUUGCCUCCGGCGCCGCUCUUGAUAAAAGCGUAGGUGUCGUCCUCUGCGGUCUGGACUUCCACCUCAGCUACUUGAAACUUGCGUAUGCGUACCACUACAUUACGCAAAACAACGCCAUUUUCCUCGCCACAAAUUCCGACGUCACACUCCCAAGUAAUAGUACCCUCUUCCCCGGCGCUGGAGCUUGCUUUGCACCUUUGGUGGCAGCGUUGGGUGGGCAGCAGCCUGAGACGCUUGGGAAGCCGAGCCAGAAGAUGAUGGACGCUGUGGAGUCCAGGUUUAGAUUCGAUAGGAAAAGGGCGUGCAUGGUAGGGGAUCGGCUGAAUACGGAUAUCAGAUUUGGUGUGGAGGGCGGCUUGGGGGGCACGCUUUGUGUUUUGACCGGUGUCACGAGGGGAAAGGAGGACUGGGCGGGAGAAGGGAGUGUGAAGCCAAGUGCCUGGGUGGAUAGACUGGGGGAUUUGGCUGUGGGGCUUUGA